AUGAUAAGUAAAAUCCAACGGCGUAUUACAUCAUUGUGUUUAUGGAUUCCGAUCAUUUUUUUAUUAAAAAGUCAAACCGUUUUCAGUAAUCAAAUAGUCGAUUUAAUGGGCGCACUAAGAAAUAAAACUGCGCACGAUGUUCGGUCGAAAAUAAAUUUAGCGUCAGAAUUUCGAGAUGUUCUACAAGCUAUUCAAAAGCAUUACUAUAACACAACCGUUCGACCUUGUUUACCUGGCUUUCAUUUUUAUAAUGGUUCGUGUUACUAUUUAUCACCAAUGACAUCAACAUGGAAAUCGGCAUCCAGAAGUUGUUCGAAAAUACGUAAUUCGUCUUUAGUUGCAUUUACAACUAAAUACGAAUUUGAUUUCGUCGUGAAUACAUUACUAAAACCGUCCGAUGUUAAGCAAGCAUUUGUUGGCUUAUUAUAUUCUACUAACGAAAGUAAAUGGUAUUGGCUCGACGGACGAACAUUUUACGAUGAUACAUUUGGACAUUUAUAUCAUGAAUAUAGACGAGAGACAUCGCAUUGUGGAUUAAUUAAUAUUGUGAGUAAAAUUGAAGUUGCCUUUGAAGGAAGAAAUUGUGAAACCGAUGACGCACGAUAUGUUUGUAAAUAUGUUCAAAAUUAUUGUUACGGAAAAAAUCUAUGUAGUGGUCGCGGUGAAUGUAUGAGUAUUGGUAUGGAAUAUAAAUGCCGAUGUAAUUUUCUAUAUCGUGGCAAAAAAUGUGAUUCAUUUAGUUCAAAAGGUUUGCAAACAAUAGUCGCUUUUGCUCUUAUUAUUCUAAUGGGAUUCAUUGGAUGUUUUUUGAAAUUUAACAUUUGCUCCCACUGUCAAUUAAGAAACAGACGUCAUUCGCUGGAUGAUUUUAUUAAUGAACGACAAACAAUUUUAGACGCACACGAGAGAAAGAAAUCUAUGAGCCAAUAUUAG